AACACUAUAUAUAUCGUGUAAAUCAAUUGAUAUCUUUAAAUUUAAAAUAUACUCAAUAUCCGUCCCAAAUAAAUGCAUGCUUGUUACCCAAAAAAAUCAUGCAUGUUACCGAUACAUAAAGGUAAAAAUAUCUUUCUUCAAAAUUUGAUUCCCUUUUGAUAGACAUAAAGCCGAUACAAUCGGCUUCUUCACUUUUACCCACUUACUUUAAAAUACUAGGGUUUUUUACUCCACCACACACCUCUAUCGGCUUCUUCACUUUUACCCACCGAGAGAGAGAGUUCAAAAGAUUGAAGCACAGAGAGUUCAAAAGAUUGAAGCACACUCGGACUCAUCCAUGGCAUCUUCUUCACAGGCGAAUGUCCCAUAUCUUCGUCGCGACACUAUAGACCAGACGGAGGUUGCUAUCAGCACCUACUAUAGGGAUUCACAUUUUCCGGAGCUGGUUGAAACUUUAAAUGUGGUCGGCGAACAGUGCAAUUCAGAUUUAUUGGGAAGAUUUAGAGCAUCAUGUUUUGGGCAUUUCACUGAUUGGAGGCCCGGCGCGAAGAGCAAUAAAGCAUUACACCAGAUUGUAUCGAGGCAGAUUGUGUCAGAAGAAAAUGAGAUGUGCUUCUUUCUGUGCGGAGCACGAGUCAGAUUUUCCCCUGCGGACUACGCAUUAGUGACUGGGCUCAAUUUCGGGGGAUCGAGGUUCGAUGCGACGUUACAGCACGACUGCAGUCGCGUGGAGGCAUACCAACGAUUCUGCGGUACGCGAAGCAUGACCAUACAGUCGCUCAUCAAACGCGUGUGCGAUUUGGAUCGUCGAGUGGAUGAUGAGGAUGAGAGCCUGUACCUUCGUGCUGUCCUCGUGUGUGUGGCUCACACCCUUGUUCUUGGGUUGGAUACGCGGGUACAGCCGUGGCUUUGGGUUUUGGUGGAUGAUCUGGCUACAUUUGAUAGAUUCCCCUGGGGCGCGUAUUCGUAUAAGAUGUUAUGUCAUUAUACGAGAGAGACAGGAAAGGGCGAGAAGUAUCACUUCUACGGUCCUUCGUGGGCUUUAUAUGUCUGGGCAUUGGAGCGCGUCCCGGGCCUCGGACACAUGGUCGCAGCAUCUAGCGGUGAUCCGACAGCGCACCCUCGGUGUUUGAGAUGGACUUUCAGGGGUAAGCCCCGGCUUCACGGUCUGCGCGAUCUAUUCGAGGGACAGGGUGGUGUCCUGCCCCUGGAGCCCGAUGAUGACGAUCUGUCGAGUCACUACUUCAUAUCAGCGCUGACACCGGGCGAACUCUCGGUGAGCUUCAGGCCCCCCGACAACCCAUUAGCUCGGGGUGUCCAAUUUCCACAGCAGACCGGAGCCCGUGUUGUGGAGGAGCGCGGGGACGAGGAGAAUGUACCUAGUCAACCUCGUAUGACUCGCGGUCACAGUGUUCGGGGCCCUGUGAGGGAUGCUCGACCCCACGAGCCGGCUCGUCAUUCAGUAGAUCCGGGCAAGCGCCCAGCGCCGCAUACUUCUUCAUCGUCGAGCGGAUCUCGGUCUGUAUCCAGUCCCAGCGAGGGUGAGGUGGACCGUAAGUGGGUGAAGAAGACGAUCCGUCAGGAGAUUAAGAAGGCCUUCGGCAAAUUCGUGGAUAAACUGAAGGGCAAGGGUAAAAAGGAUAGGUGCAAGAAGAGCAAACAUUUCCCAGUGCCCGACUCCCCUGAUGAUGAUGACCAGCGACGGUCCCCUGAUGAUUACCAGCCACGUUCUCCUCCACAGCGACGGUCUCCUCCACCCAGUGCUUCAGGGCCCGACGCUUCAGGGCCAAGCGUUUCACGUUCCUGCGACGACGACCCCCGCGGUGAGGAACCAUCCAGUAUCCAGACCCAGGAUUACAACGAGCAGUGGCGGGCCAUGAAUCAGUCUGUUCAGGGCGACUACACACCGGCGGAGCAGACUUUUGACUGGUCGACCCAGGAACCUGUUCGUCAUCAUCCUCGUCGAUCUGCAAAUUCUGCCAACCUGCAUAUUCAAUCCCCGCCCUUCUCACGUUCUCUGUCUCCGACAAGUCUUCAGAGGCGCUUGUAUCAGUCUCGGCUUCAGACGAUGGAACAUAAUCUUCAUCUACAUUACCAGCAUCCUCCACAAACUGAGGCUCGUACGUAUAUUGAUCAUCAGCUGGACCCCAACAACGAUCAGUUGUUAGGCGAUCGUACUGGUACGGAUUUGGCUCAUCCCAUGAAGGCCAACCCGUUGACUGAUCAUUACCCCAAGUGA